AUGUUCAAGGGAAUAGACCACUUAUAUAGACUCAACGUCCCAGGCGAUUUGCUCGAGAGUCGCUUCGAUGAUUGGCAAGAUUGGACAGUCCAGGAUAUCAAAGAUGCCACAGAAAUAUACCUUGGCACAGCUGGAGUGGAGAACGAUAUUGAUCUCAUUGCUAAGGAAGCGGUUCGGAUUCGGCGUGCACGCGCACAGACGGAACGAUGGGAAGCCUUUGCGAUAAAUAUGCACUACACUUGUUCAUUAUGUAUCAGACAGACACCAGUCACAUUCGAGGAUCGUCCCGGUCUAAGAGCUCAUCUAGGAGAGAGCCACGCUGACCGGGACAUGUCUGAUCAGGAAGUUGAGAAUUUCUUCAAUGGAUGCCGCAAAUACAGAGGGCGCAGCGGGUAA